AUUGCGCACAAGGCGCUAACCCUGCGCUAACUACAGUCUAACUGCAUGCAUAUUCUCUGACCAGUUGUUAUGGAUAAAUGUCGAGGGAGAGGUGAGCGCCCGCAGAUCUUUUCGACUUCAAUAAGUCUGCAGUAGGCCUCUCUUUAAUGAUGCUCUGUUGGAGACUCUGAAGUCUGUGCGCGCUGUGACGGAUCAGUUUUGGAGUCGCCAGCAGUGCGCUGCAUCCUGACAGAAGACACACGAUCUGGAGGACUGGUCGCAUCGUUUUCUCAAAGUUUAAGUUUGCUUUUUUUUAUUUUAAUUUUUGCAUGUAUUUUUUUACAGUGGGAUUCCUUCUUUUGAAGUGCAUUUGGAGCUGAUUACAUUGUUUUUUGUUUUGCGUGUUUCUCUAAUAUGGGGGAAAGCGUGCGUGUCGGGCAGAUAUGUUUUCGCUCCAUGGAAGUUUAGCCCCGCGUCCGCUCUCCUAAACUCUCAUCUUUGCAUUUUAAUAAUUAUACUUUAACUGAACACAGCAGGGGGUUUAAAACGACAGUAGGAAAUGACCAGCGAGCGGAAACCACGGCUUUGUCUCAUGGCAAAAGGGGAGAACGGGUAUGGAUUUCACUUGCAUGGCGAGAAAGGGAAGAGCGGACAAUUAAUCCGCAAAGUGGAACCUGGCUCCCCUGCAGAAGCGUCGGGGUUGCGCGCCGGCGACCGUGUGGUGGCAGUAAAUGGGGUUAACGUGGAGAAAGAGACACACCACCAGGUGGUUCAGCGGAUCAAAGCCGUGGACAAUGAAACCAGGUUGCUGGUGGUGGACCAAGAGACGCAUGAAAGUCUGCGCAGCCUGCGCCUCACAGCCACAGAGGAGAUGGCCGUCCUCGGGGCCGCGCCUCCUUCCUCCUCCUCUCUCCCAGCCUCCCCCACCCCUCCCCCGUCCUCUGUCCCAUCAUCUCCCUGCAAGAAGCGGGAGAACGGCUCGGUGUCCAAGCAGCCGGUCAUACCAAGCAGCCAGGUGCAGAAGCCCACCAGGAGGUCACCGUCAAAGGCUGCGAAGAAGGAGGCUAUUGUCCAGGCUGAAGCCCACACCCAGGCCCAGUCCCAGUCACGGCCCCAAGUCGACCAGUCCGAGCUCGUUCCACGUCUGUGCCACCUCGUGCGAUCUGAGGCAGGCUACGGCUUCAACCUUCACAGUGAUCGAUCCCGGCCCGGACAGUACAUCCGCUCCCUAGACCCAGGAUCAUCUGCAGCCCGCGCCGGGCUCAGGCCACAAGACAGGCUGAUUGAGGUAAAUGGCGUGAACAUCGAGGGCAUGCGGCAUGCAGAGGUGGUGGCCUUUAUAAAGAAAGGGGGAGAUGAAACCUGGCUGUUGGUGGUGGACCCAGACACAGAUGAACACUUCAAGAGGAGGGGGGUUGUCCCCACAGUCAGCCAUCUCAAAGACUACGAUGGUCCGUCCAUAUCCAAUGGCUCCCCCAACCCUCAGAUCAAUGGCAGCUCCACCACACAGUCCAUCAGGUCCACACACUCUGACCUGAGCAGCCAGGGCAACAGCACACAGCUGGCAGAUGAUGAGGGCGGCCGGCUGUUGGACCCGUUCGCUGAGAUGGGCCUGAGCGCUACGGCAGCAGAAGAAAAGAUGAAGGUCCAUGCCAAAGAAAAGAAAAAGGCGCCGCAGAUGGACUGGAUGAAGAAAUACGAGCUAUUCAGCAACUUCUGAGACAUUCCCCUCCAAGGACACUUCAAACACCAAAGGACAGAGAUAAGAGCUCUUUGCAGCCCUCCACAUGGACGAGUUUGUGUUGUAGGAGGAUGUCCCUCUUACUACACAGAUCAUGUUUUUCUCAGAGAAAGAACCAAGAUCUCCCAUACAGCAGAAGAUAUUUUGUUCCUGGAAUUAAAUGUGACAAAAAAAAAAAGUUGUACAAUGGAAUUGACUUUUUAAGCCACUUCAGAGACUCUUUAACAACCACUUUUCCCUCUUCAAAGUGCUGACUGACAAAAACUGUGCUAAAAUCACACUGUUUAGAAUGAAGAACAUCUUAAAAAGCUUCACAUACAUGUACUUCUAUCAGAUGGGAUUAUUGCAGACAAGUUUUCACACAUUUGCCUAAAUCCCCAUCACUUUUUCUCUAUUUUAAUCAUCCCACUCUCCCCAGUCUGAGAGACUCAAUUCAAGCUAAUGAGGGAGACAGUUAUUUUUAUAUUUAAAAAGUAUAAACAACUAUUAAAAAAAACAGUAUCCCAUCAUCAUGGACUGCAUUUUAAAGAGUUUUAUGGACACUGUGACAUUAAUGAUUGUGGACAUUUGGGGAGUUUUGGCCCAUCAGUCAGAGGAAGCCCAAAGUUGGCAGAAGAUCACUGUGAAAGAGUUGAGAACCUCCACCUCCAGCCCCUGCAGAUGCUUGAUAACAACCACUGACAAAGCAAAGGAUGGUUGUGUGUACUGGUUGUGUGUAACAUAUCCUACAUGUAUUUUUACUUUUACAUAGAGUUAAACUGGUCAUCAAAUCAUCCCUGCUUUAUUCAAAAAGAAUGCAUGUUAUUGUAAUAAGUGUAUCACCGCUAACCUCUUUUCCCAAAGUGCUCCAGUGCACAUGUGCAUAACAAAGGAAAGCACCACUAACAUUAAAAUGAUGGAAACUGGAACGUAGAAGAAAGGAAGCCCUCUCAGGACACAUGGCAUGAUGAAUGAGUUGAUCAUUGGUGAAGGCUUGAUGUGCACACAAGAGGGCAAACUUACACCACAAAUACAGGCCCAUUUUGGCACUUAAGUUAAACAGAGUAGAUGUUUGUGCACAGCCUUUUUAUGGUGGUUGUGUCGAACUAUUUCUUAUUUAGGAGCAGUAACUUCCAGCGGUCUCCACUGGCAACAGUACAGAGCCAAGAAACACCCCGUAAACCUGUAAAUUGUAGUUUUUACACUUUUUGUACAGAUUAAACAAACAAGAUAUAACAUGUUAAUUAAUGAGCUUUAGACAGAGCCAGGCUAGCUGUUUCCCCCUGUUUCUGCUUUAAGCUAAGCUAACUGGCAGCUCGUGGUAGCUUCAUAUUUACCGUACAGAGAUCAGAGUAGUAUAGAUCUUCUCAACAAACGUUCCACCAGAAAGCGAAUAAGAGACUUUUCCAAAAUGUUGUACUAUUCCUUUAACUAAAUAAGGGCCAGGGAAGAAAACGAGAUUAAGGCUAAAAAGUGCAGCUAACUUAUUUGAGGCUAAACUUAGUCAUAAAAGAAACACACAGCAGAUAGUAUGUUGGGGUGAAGGCAUGUGAUCAGCUACAACACGGGCAGAGUGUGAGCAGGUUGUGUCGGGCGGAGGGAGUGCAGGGGAAGCACACAGUGGGGUCAGAGAUGCUCUGGAGGAUCUAGUGAAAGAGACUUUGGGAGCCAUGGAGCUUACUGAGGAUUAUUACACAUACAGGGACAGCUGUCAUGCACAUGCUCACACACAUUUGGAGCACAGUGUGUGUGUGUGUGUGUAGAGAAGGUACAUGCUGCAAGCCGAGCAAUGUUGAUAUAAUGCAUUACAAGUGGGACUGCAAGUUGGAGAAAUGUCAGUCAUCUAUGUGGACAUCUUGUCUUUUUUUGUACUCAUUCACACCCUUACUCGUCCUCCAUCAGUCUGUGUGUGUGCAGUAGGGCUCACUCUGUAUGUUCUUACAGUCACAGCAAAAAAACCUCUCAUGUUACCAUGGCUGAUGUAUAUACAGUAAAAGCAUACAGUAUGUAAGGCAGGUUGCAUUUUUUCAAUAAAGUGUGACAAUGGCGUUUUUGAAUACAUUAAA